AUGUCCGUCAUCGAAAUCACGUCCAAGGCCCAGUUUGACGAGCUCAUCAAAAAGACGCCCUACGUCGCGCUGCAAGCCCACGCCGUCUGGUGCGGCCCCUGCAAGGCCAUUUCGCCCUUCUUCACCAAGUUUGCCGCGUCCCUCAGCGUCCCCGAAAAGUACACCUUUGCGCGCUUCGACACCGACGAGGUGCCCGACCUCGCCUUUGAGCUCGGCGUCCGCUCCAUCCCCGCCUUCUUCUUCUUUGAAAACGGCGACAAGACGGAGGAUCUGACGGCGCCGAAACCCCCCGCCCUGCAAAAGGUCAUUGAGGACCUGUCGACCAAGGCCAAGGCCAAGGCCGGCGGCGGCGGCGGCGAUGCUGUGAGUGCGACUACAACAACGGCGGCUGCGGCUGCCGCUGAUGAUGAUGGUGGUGCACAUCUCUAA